AGUUGGAAACAUCCUACACAUUGACGUUUUCGUUUUAUACACACAAACACUCGGCUGUUUUCUCCGACGUCAAAGUCGCCUUGUUCCUCAAUCCUCAUCUUUCCUCUAAUCAUCUCCCUUCCUUUAAUAAUACUUUUCCAGGAAAAUUUUCUGAUCAUGAAUCGUCCACGCUUCUAGGGCUUCCUCAAAUCAUCUCAAUUUCAAUUCAGCAAAAUUUCAAUUAUCGAUUAUUUUCUCUGCAAAACCCUAAAAAAAAAAAGAGCCAUGUAUAGCAAUUUCAAGGAGCAAGCGAUCGAGUACGUGAAGCAAGCGGUUCAAGAAGACAACGCCGGGAACUACAACAAGGCCUUCCCUUUGUACAUGAACGCGCUCGAGUACUUCAAAACCCAUCUCAAGUACGAGAAGAACCCUAAGAUCAGAGAAGCGAUCACGCAAAAGUUCACCGAGUAUCUCCGCCGCGCUGAGGAGAUCCGAGCUGUUUUGGACGAAGGCGGGUCGGGUCCUGGAUCUAACGGGGAUGCUGCUGUGGCCACGAAGGCGAAGAGUAAAGGGAAGGAUGGAGAUGGGGAGGAUAAGGAGCAGUCGAAGCUCCGAGCUGGGUUGGACUCUGCGAUCGUGAGGGAGAAGCCUAAUGUGAAGUGGUCUGAUGUUGCGGGGCUUGAGAGUGCUAAGCAGGCGUUGCAGGAAGCUGUGAUCUUGCCUGUUAAGUUUCCGCAGUUCUUCACAGGGAAGAGGAGGCCGUGGAGAGCUUUUCUGCUGUAUGGGCCUCCUGGGACUGGGAAGUCGUACUUGGCUAAGGCUGUUGCUACUGAAGCAGAUUCUACGUUUUUCAGUGUGUCUUCAUCGGAUUUGGUCUCGAAGUGGAUGGGUGAAAGUGAAAAGCUGGUAUCAAACCUUUUCGAGAUGGCCCGGGAGAGUGCUCCGUCAAUUAUAUUCGUUGAUGAGAUAGAUUCUUUGUGUGGUCAACGUGGGGAAGGUAAUGAGAGUGAGGCUUCAAGACGUAUCAAAACAGAGCUUCUUGUUCAGAUGCAGGGUGUUGGACACAAUGAUGAGAAAGUCCUUGUACUGGCAGCAACAAACACACCUUAUGCUCUUGAUCAGGCUAUUCGGAGACGUUUUGAUAAGCGUAUCUAUAUCCCUCUACCGGAUGUGAAGGCUCGGCAGCACAUGUUCAAAGUGCACCUGGGAGAUACUCCUCAUAAUUUGAAUGAGUCUGAUUUUGAAUAUUUAGCUCGCAAGACAGAGGGAUUUUCUGGUUCAGAUGUUGCUGUUUGUGUGAAGGAUGUUUUGUUUGAACCUGUGAGGAAAACCCAAGAUGCCAUGUUCUUUUUCAAGUCAGCUGAUGGGACGUGGAUGCCAUGUGGCCCUAAACAAUCUGGUGCCAUUCAGAUUACGAUGCAAGAUUUAGCAGAAAAAGGGCUCGCGGAAAAGAUUAUUCCACCGCCCAUCUCAAGAACAGAUUUUGAGAAGGUAUUAGCAAGACAGCGACCAACAGUGAGCAAGUCUGAUCUUGAGGUCCAUGAGAGAUUCACAAAGGAAUUUGGAGAGGAAGGUUGAUCAUUGAUCAUAUGAUGGUUCAGCAUCUCUCUAGUGUCAGGGGGAACCUCAAGCUCCUGAUUAUUAUGUGUGUACUAAUAAGAACAAAUCGACUCUUGUUUCAUCCACAUCAUUGAAUUUUCUUUAUUUUAACUGUAGAAAUUAUUUCAGAUAUGAAAUUCGCUCUUGGUAUAUAUAUAUUCAUAAUCUACCAAUCUAAAUACUCAUCAAAUUAAA